AUUGAUGACAGUUUAUAACAGUGACGUGCUGAGCACGGGGUGACGACGUGUUUUUCAAAAGAUCUAUUUGUCCAAAAUAUAGUAAAGAUGCUGGAUUUAUUUACUAUUUUUAGUAAAGGUGGCAUAGUAUUAUGGUGUUUUCAAAGUACAAAUCAAAUUUUCACUCCUUCUGUGAAUGCUUUAAUAAAAAAUGUGAUUUUACAGGAAAGAACAGGUGUCAACUUGUUCGAUCAUAAUGGUUUACAAUUGCAAUACAAAUUAGAUAAUGAAUUUGAUUUGGUAUUCGUAGUAGCCUAUCAAAAGAUAUUGCAGCUGUCCUAUGUUGACAAAUUUUUAAACGAUAUUCACCUAGAAUUUAGAGACAAGUACAAAAAUGAACUUACCGAGAAGCUGUACUUUCAAGAUUUCAAUUUUAUGGAUAUUUACAAUAUGACACUUAGAUCCGCAGAAAAUUGGGGUAGAACUCAGUUGAAGCAACCUAAACAAAUGAGAACUUUUGAGGAGUCUGUUAAAUCUAAAAAGACUGUAUCUUCAAUGAUAGAAAGAAAAGGAGAGGAGAAGCCACAGAAACCUAGUAAAAAGAAAGAAGUGAAUUUCAGUGAAGAAAAAAUAUUGGCUCCCCCGUCUCCAAAACCUCAAACGAACGGUUUGAUUGAUGAAGACACAUUAGCAGCUAACAGAGCUAAAUUAGCUAAAAAAAUGCAGAAGAAGAAGCCGGAUGUAAAAAAAAGUCCCAAAAGUCCACCAAUGGAAAAAGCUGGUAAAAAACCGAGAAUUUGGGAUUUGGGUGGAACCAACAAAGAUUUGGAAACAUUGGAAAGAACCACAGAUCGACCUGAAGAUGCCAGAAGUAAUUAUACUCCAGAUGUAGAGAUGGUUGGUCAAAUGAAAGGGGUAAUCAAAGAUCUAGAAGUUGAAUCAUCUGAAGACGAAGAUUACGAAGAAGAAAUAGAAAAUGUACCAAUCUCACAAAAUAAAACCAGUAAAGGUGGAAUGUUUUCCAUAUUCAGAGGAUUAGUUGGAUCAAAGAAUCUUACGAAAUCCGACAUGGAACCGGUGUUGGAAAAAAUGAAAGAUCAUCUAAUAUCCAAAAAUGUUGCUGCUGAUAUCGCUGUGAAAUUAUGCGAUUCAGUUGCUACUAAAUUAGAAGGAAAAGUAUUGGGUACAUUCGAUAGUGUAGCUACGACAGUAAAAAAUACCCUAAUCGAAUCUUUGGUACAGAUCUUGAGUCCUAAAAGAAGGGUAGAUAUCCUUAGAGAUUGCCUAGAAGCACAAAAAGCUAAUCGACCAUAUGUGAUGACAUUUUGUGGGGUGAACGGUGUAGGUAAAUCAACUAACCUUGCUAAAAUUUGUUUUUGGUUAAUUGAAAAUAACAUGAGAGUUCUAAUAGCAGCUUGUGAUACAUUCAGAGCUGGUGCAGUGGAACAACUUCGAACUCACAUGAAAUACCUGAAUGUCCUUCAUCCGCCGGAAAAACACGGUGGGAGACAAAUGGUGCAGUUGUAUGAAAAAGGAUAUGGAAAGGACGCCGCUGGUAUCGCAAUGGAAGCUAUCAAAUUCGCAAGAGAUUCUAAAAUUGAUGUUGUAUUAAUCGAUACAGCUGGUAGAAUGCAGGAUAACGAACCUUUGAUGAGGGCAUUAACUAAAUUAAUUAAAGUGAAUGAACCAGAUCUAGUACUUUUUGUUGGAGAAGCAUUAGUUGGAAAUGAAGCCGUAGAUCAAUUGGUAAAAUUCAAUCAAGCAUUAGCAGAUUAUUCUUCAAGUACAAAUCCCCAUAUCAUAGAUGGAAUUGUGUUGACCAAAUUUGAUACAAUCGAUGACAAGGUUGGGGCAGCAAUAUCGAUGACUUACAUAACAGGACAACCGAUAGUUUUCGUUGGAACAGGACAAACUUAUACGGAUUUGAAAGCCUUAAAUGCUAAUACUGUAGUACAUUCUCUCAUGAAAUAGAAAUUUUAAAAGUUGCCUUAUUAACCGUAAAUUGGAAUAUAAGUAUUUUUUUUUAAUUCAUAAAAUUGUGGCAUUUUUAACACGUUGAAGUGGUGAUCGUCUUUAGGUUUCGUUCUUGUUCAGCUAGUGCAUUUUUUAAAACUAUUAUUAUUUAUUUUCUUAUUAUGUUUACAUUCGUAGUAAAUUUCAAAAAUUUUUGAAAAUAAAUUGUAUAUUUAAAGUUUUAAAUAACUAAUUCAUAGUAAUUUUUAAUUAGAGUAAUAUUUCAAUUAAAAUUUAUACAUUUUUUCAUUUCAAACCGAUAAUUGGUCGAAAACUUAGUUUUGUGAGUUUUUACUUUUUCUAUUUUUUAUUAUUAUUACUUAAUGUUUUUAUCCUUUAUUACUAAAUAUAUAAAAAUCAAUUAUUGAAAUAUUAAUUACUCUAAUGUAUUGAUUAAAUCGCAUCUUUUUUAAAAAAUAAAAAAUUUAUUGUUGAAAGUUCCAUUUUUAAAACUUAAUUCGGGUGUUUUUGUUAAAUGUAUUUCUUAAUGUUUUUUUUUUCAAUUGUUUAUCAAAUCAUGCUCAUUGUAUAUAAUGUGGUGAUAUUUUUGUAACAAACAAAUAUUUUCGGUUUAAAGUAUAAAAAAAUUGUUUUCCCAAA